UCGCUGCCUCUGGGAUGGCUCGCUCUCAAGCGCCUGUCGCACGCACGACGUUCUGAUACGAUCCCGAGACACGCAGAGCGAGUUCUGGUCAUCGGGGCAUCCAGCGGGAUCGGACGCGCGAUAGCGCUACGCUAUGCUGAGCGAGGCGCCAAGCUGUGUCUGGUAGGACGCAGAGCAGUCGAGCUCGAAGACGCUCGAGAGGAGUGUGGCGCGGUGCAAAAGGAGGCGGGGCGUGUCCACUCGAGCGGUGUCUUGAGCGUCGUUGCAGACUUUGCAGACGCGGGCGAUAUGGUACGUGUACGCGAGAUCUUAGACAAAGAAUGGGGCGGUCUGGACACCCUCGUCGUUUCUGCAGGCGUAUCAGCUCUUCAGCCUCUCAUGCACCUUGCUGGCGUCGAAGGCAGAAGCAUAGAUGCCGACGCUCCCACCGUAGAGGGUAUACGAAAUACAGCAGAUAUUGCCUCAGCCGCGACAAGAGGAAACUACUUGGGACCCCUCGUGUCUGCAGUCACCCUCAUACCGUUCCUGUCGAAAUCGCCAUCGCCUUCUAUCCUGUUGAUCUCAUCGCUCGCCGCUGCAAUCCCGGCCCCUACGCGGACGCUCUACACUUCGACGAAAGCCGCGUCUUUCAUGCUCUACCGGUCGCUCUCCAUCGAGCACCCCAACAUCACGUUCUCAUACAUCCUCCCGUCCACCGUCGAAGGCGACUUCCGCGCGUCGGCCGUGGACUCGGGCCCGGUGCGCGAGACCGACCCAAACAAGCACGGACUGAAAAGGGCAGCGGUCGCUGCUCGGUCCGUUCGAGCUAUAGAUGAUGGGGAAGGGACAGUCUUCAUGCCGGCUUUCUACUGGUGGGCACACCUUUUGUAUUGGUUUUUUCCUUCAUUUGUGGGAAGACAAGCCAGCAGAAAAUAUAAUUUC